GCCUUUCUUUCCCGCCUCUCUCGAACACGGUGUCCCUUUCCCCUCCCGUCUUCCCAUCUCUCCCUUUUUUGCAUGGUGGUUAGGAAGCUGCCACUCAAUACUACAAGGUCCCUACUUCCCUGUCCUCAAUUGUGCACAUAGGGAAUCAUUUGACAAUGAGUGCCAAAGGAGUCAAGGAGGUCGAGCUGUCUAGCGACAUCGACUUCAUUAAGACUCCAGCAGCCACCCCUGCGAAACUCCAGACCGGAGAAGACUGUGGAAUUGCAUUAACCAACUUCCCAGCCAUUCACAAUGCCCCGCUGCCAGCCGACGGUCCUGGAAAUGAGAGCUUUUCAAACCUCCUCCUAGGCGGCAUCCUGAUCGGAGUCCCCACAAUCCUAACCUACCUGCUCAAUGGAGGAAAGAAGACAUUUUUCUUCUUCCUCAUCCUCCUCUUCCUUCCUCUCUUGGUUGCAUUCUGGGCCUGGAAAUCAAGCUCCAGCCCCCGCACCAACGAGAAGGUCAAGCUUCCCGGGCGACCCAUUGAAUACUACUUGACCUUCAAGCGCGAAGAGGAUAAAGCAAAAUGGCACGGAAGGAACAAAGUUCCCCUGCAAACGUUUGCAGAAAUGUAUCUGGACGGCUUGGUGGAUUUCAACGGCGACGCACUCGAGGUCAUGGAAUACCGUCACGACUGGGCGACCUUCUCUUUUACCUUGGACCUCUUCAAGUUCAUCGUUUUCACCUUCUUCAAGGAUGUCAUCUUCCACACUAAAGCCCAAGAUGAGGAACAGAUUCGUCCCAACUACGAUCGCGGUAAUGACCACUAUGCCUGGUUCCUCGGUCCUCGCAUGAUCUAUACCUCCGGAAUCAUCUCAGACCCGGCAAAGGAAGAGACUCUCGAAGAAAUGCAAGAUAACAAGAUGGCCAUCGUCUGCGAGAAGAUUGGUCUCAAGGAAGGCGAGACAAUGCUAGAUAUCGGUUGCGGUUGGGGAACUCUCGCCAAAUUCGCCAGUCUCAACUACGGCGCCAAGGUUACCGGACUUACUAUUGCGGAGAACCAAACCGCUUGGGGCAAUGACGCUCUCCGCAAGGCUGGGAUUUCCGAACAACAGAGUCGCAUUCUCUGCCUCGACUACCGCGAUAUUCCACGGACCAAAUAUGACAAAAUCACGCAGCUGGAAAUGGGCGAGCACGUCGGUAUCCGGAAACUUACCAGGUUCUUCCGCCAAUGCUAUGAUAUGCUCAAUGACGAUGGUGCUAUGUAUGUCCAGCUUUCGGGUUUGCGCCAGGCAUGGCAGUACGAGGAUUUCAUCUGGGGUCUGUAUUUGAACAAGUACAUCUUCCGUGGUGCGGACGCUUCAACUCCUCUCUGGUACUAUGUUAAGUGCCUGGAACAAGCUGGAUUCGAACUCAAGAGUAUUGAUACCGUUGGUGUUCACUACUCCGGCACCCUCUGGAGAUGGUACCGUAACUGGAUUGGAAAUGUGGAAGCGAUCAAGGCCAAAUACGGUCCCAGAUGGUACAGAAUCUGGGAGCUGUUCCUCGCCUGGUCCGUUAUUGCCUCCCGCGAAGGCAUGGCCACCUGUUACCAGAUGGUCGUAGUCAAGAACCUUAACUCGACUCAUCGUAUUAACGGCCUCUCCUCUCAAUUUGGCCUGGCCGGUGCCCUCGCCGCCAGUAAGGCGGCGGGCAAGUCUCGGCUGGAGUAGGCGGGUUACUGUCGUGGGUUGCCAACGUGAUGAAUUCUGACGAACACUUCAGGGGUGACGAGAUGGAUGAUGCUGGAAGUCUAUUGUACAAUGGGAGUUGUUCAAUUGGGAUGGAGCUAUACUGGAAGGGUAAAAAUCUAGAAUUAGACGAUUCGCCUGCGAGCAUAGCAUCUGAAUACGUGUUUCAGUAGUUUAGGGCAUUACUGCGAAGCAACGUGUUAGAACCUCAAAAGAACUAAAUAUCAACUGUGGCUUAAAGACAAUUGAAUGACUACAUCCUACAACGAUU